UUUCCUUCCAAACUGGAUCUGUUUCUCUUUCCAGCUUGCCCAGAAAUAUGACCCACAGAAGGAAGCAGAGUUACGGGUAUGGAUAGAAAACCUAACCGGGAGGCAGAUUGGCCCUGAUUUCCAGAAGGGGCUGAAAGAUGGCGUCAUACUUUGCGAAUUAAUAAACAAACUACAGCCUGGUUCAAUAAAGAAAAUCAACACCUCUGCUCUCAACUGGCAUCAGCUGGAGAAUCUCUCCAACUUUAUCAAGGCCCUAAUUAGCUAUGGCUUGAAGCCCGUCGAUCUGUUUGAGGCCAACGAUUUGUAUGAGAGCGGAAACAUGACUCAAGUGCAGGUGUCGCUCCUUGCUUUGGCGAGCAUGGCGAAAACAAAAGGGAUUGAAAGUGGUAUGGACAUCGGGGUGAGAUAUUCAGAGAAACAGGAGAGAGCCUUUGACGAUGCAAAACUCAAGGCUGGACACUGUGUCAUCGGUCUACAGAUGGGCACCAACAAGUGCGCUAGCCAGUCAGGAAUGACCGCAUAUGGAACCAGGAGGCACCUCUAUGACCCCAAGAACCAGAUACUACCUCCAAUGGACCAUUCGACCAUUAGUUUGCAAAUGGGUACCAAUAAGUGUGCCAGCCAGGUGGGCAUGACGGCGCCAGGAACCCGCCGGCACAUCUAUGAUUCCAAGCUGGGCACGGACAAAUGUGAUGACAGCUCCAUGUCCCUCCAGAUGGGCUACAAUCAGGGGGCCAACCAGAGCGGGCAGGUGUUCGGUUUGGGCCGCCAAAUCUAUGACCCCAAGUAUUGCCCUCAAGGCAAUGCUGGGGAGGCAGCCAACGCCGCCUCAAACGAGGACCAGAACUCAGCCAACUAUUAUUACUAUCAGGAGGACCAGUGAGCUGGAUUUUUUCUUUCCCUUGCCCUCUUUUUUCCUUCUUUUUCCCAACCACCGCUGGACAAUUCCUGGCAUAGUCCAGCAAUACUGCAACGUAUGUAUUUUUAACGUUUUAAAAGGGAAAAAGAGUUGUCCAAGCUGCCUUUCCCUUCUACCCCCCAAGGAUAGGAAAAAAUAAAGGUGUUCACCCUUGUUUUUUUUAAGAAAGAGAGUAAAGCUGAUCCUUAACAUUACAAGGGUCAGAGCAAAGACCGUGUGACCGUCCCCUGUUGCCCAAACUUACCUCUAGAUACUGGACGUAAUAAACUCAGUAUAAAGAUGCAGGUUUGAUUUUACACUUUAAAAAAACCCAACACUUUUACAUCCUGGACAAAUUAUUUAAAUGAUACAUGUGCACGUGGAGAGGGUUGCAAAAUUUAACCUGGAUUUUCCCAGAUGCAGGCAGCAAUUUCCAAAGUCUGAAAACCACUUUUUACAACUGUAAUUGGACGCGAGGCCUAGCUAGGAUUUUUUAAACCAUGGUUUGUGGACCAAGCCAGAGAUCACUGGAAACCUCUUAAUGCUCCUGGUUCUGACUUGUAUAGCUCGCAUUACCUGAGUGAAAUUUGGUAUGGUUGGAUUCUGUAUAAUGCCCCACCCCACCAUGGCCUUAGCCUGCUUCUUCCAAGUGUCCUAAGGAGACGUUGAAGGAGAAAUAAAACUUUCUCCCUCUCAACAACCAGAAAUUUCCCUCGGUUCCCACUCAGUUCUACACGGAAUUUUCCCUGUUCAAUUUCUGGCCAAUCAGAGUAGCUGAUACCAGGCUGGAUGGACCAAUAACAAGAGCUGGGAUAAGGCACCUUCACUUCCCCACACUUCCGGUUGUGCUCGCACACCCAUGAGGUCCAGAAAUGGGAGGAGACUUGGUUCUUUCUUCCAGUGCUCAAGAGGAAUUACUCUGGUCACCUUUUCAUAUUCUGCCAGGUGACCACAUCUAGGCUACAAAAAUCCAGACCACAGCUAGAUGGCAGCAGGUAACAGGCUGGAAACUAAAUACUUGCUGCCAUUUGUCCAAAUUUGCAGCCCUGUAAUUGGGUUUCAAAGUUAAUCUUGAGGCUUUUAUGGCUGAAACAAAAUCAUGUAAUGGAUAUUUUGAGGUAUUUGAUUACAGGGCUGAAAUUUUCCUUUACAAAGAAUAUUUCCCUCAUGUUAAAGGGGAAUGGAUAUGCUGCCUUUGCCAGCCUGGAGGCUGUCGGAUAUGCUGGAUUAUGAAAUCCCCCAGUUCCCAGCCGGUACUGAAAAAUCUUAUGCUGAUUAGGAAUUCCAUAAAUUGCAGUCUUACAAUCUAAACUGGAAGAAAAUGGAGCUGACAACUGCCUAGCACAGAGUAGAACCUUCAUUACCUUAAACUCGUUUAGUGGACAAAACCUUUGCUUUCCAGAAUGUUUCCAUAAUUCUGCCUAGAAGCUUGGCAUUUUUUCCCUCUUUGGAAUCUCUAUCAGAUUUUUAAUCUGAGCUGAUGAACUGGAAAAAGUGGAUGCUAGCCGUGAUCAUUUUUACUUAUGGCACUUAAUUUGCAAAGAGUUCUCUGGUUUAAUCCAUCCUUGUCCUGAUGCUACAAAAAGGAGUUUGAACCCAGAUGAAACCUCUCUCCACUGUCUGCUCUGAUAUUCAGUUACAUCAAGUCUGUUUGCCCUUCUGUGAGCAAAUAAUUGACCACUUUUUCAGAAGCUAGUUACUGAGGUCACGGGGUGAUGCUGGAUUAGGGUUUUUUUCUUUUAAUGUUUCUUGUACUGGAGGACUAGCGAUAUGUAGCUGUCUGUCUUCGUCAUUUUUAAGAUUUGAUUCCGCAAGGGUCACUGUUACUCAGGCUAUAUCCGUAGGGACAUAGAGAUUUUACAUUGUAAGGGAGGGGUGUCUAACCUGUUGAGGUCUAGGAACUUGAAAAAAGCUUUCAGAGGUAGUCCUGUUUUUCUCCUCUGCCCCCUCCUCUGUUUGAUGGGGCUUAAUACUUUUUUCUGCUGCUGUACAACGGAUCAAGGGACCAUGACUUUUCCUUAGGCCAAAGUAAAGCUUUAAAGUCUAAGUAUCUGCAUAGUACAUAAAAGUCACCUUUUUCUCAAAAAAAAAAAGGGUACUUAGGGACCAAUAUAUUUAAACAUCAUUGCUUGUUCAAAAAUCCGAUAGUUGCCUUAAUUUUUUAUAUGCUGGAAAAAAGGAAUCGUGAUUUGAGUCACUUUGCCAUGCUAGCUUUCUUCACAGAAAUGAAUUGGGUGCCCGUCCUAGGUUUCAGCCUGUGGAGAUAGAGGUUGAAUUUACAUCACAUGUGAAGCUGAGCUUAUAGUGCUUUGUGAAAUGUUGCUAACUGUGCUUUGCUUGCAAACAUGAAAGUUGUUCAGAACUCCUUAGCCAUUACCUCUGAGUUGUCUUUCUCCAUAGCAGCUUUGUGGAAGAAUCGAAUUCGAUGCAUUUGGGGCUCCAAGAGUGGGACUGGAAGCAUCGGGCCAAUAGAUGCAAGCGUGCAUACUUUUUAAGGGGCUCCACUUUUCAGAGUGAAAACUUUCUUGGCAAAGAAUAUUACCUGAUACAAGGGGCGAAUUGAUGUAAAGCAGCCUUCCACAUCUGGGGCCUGCCAGACAUUGUUAACUACAGUUCCCAUCACCCCAGGCAGGGAUGGUGGGAGCUGUACUGGGGGAACACCAUAUUAUAGGAGAAUAUGGUCUACAGGCAUGCUUCUUUGAUCAAGCCUAUCUCUGGUUUCAUAAGGAUUGCCAGCUGAUAUGUCAGUCAAGAGGUAGAAGUGUAUCUAGUCCACAUACACGUAUCAGAAAAUGUAGGUUUUGAAGAUACCCAUGGCCAAGAACCUUGUGGCAUCUUCAAAGCCUAAAUUUUCUGAUAUAUCAGCAUGUGGUCUCUGGCAUUUUGUUAAUGAAGGUAUUUAAAUCUCUUAAAAGCCUUUAUUUUAACCCAGCUUCCCUCUACUUUAAUUAUCAGUGUUCUUCCUUUUAAACAAAAAACUGGAUCUGCUCUUCUGUAGGUGUAUGGAUAGAGCUACGUACAUUUCUCUGGCAGAGUUGCUGAGGCAGAAAGCACGCUGUCUCGUCUGAGAAAUAGUAGGACUGAUGGAUAGAAUGUGAACCUGCAAUAUUUGAAUUUAAGCAAUAAAAGGGCUUCAAAAGCAAAA